AUGACAGCCCUGCUGCAGUCCACCCUGGACUACUCAUUGCCGGUGUUCGAGGCCUUCGCCUGCAAGGUCGCCGGCGUUGACUCUCAGCUGGUGCGCGGCAAGUUUGAGGUUUGCCAGUCGCGGCGGCUGCACCUCAUCUCCACAGACCUCUCAAUCAUGCUGCGCAGCUUCUCCACGAUCCAGCCCAUGCUGGCCUCUCUACAAGCGCGCGCAGUCCUGCCGCCGCAGGAGAGCGACGACGAGAGCGAUGAGGGGGAGGAGCGGCCGCACGACUGCUCAAACGCGACCCCUGCUGACCCUCUGCAGAAUGAUGAACCUCAGCAGCAGCAGCAGCAGCAGCAGCAGCAGCAGCAGCAGCAGCAGGCACAGCAGCGACCGGGCCGCGCCGGCGCCUCGGAGCGCGCGAGGGGCGGGGCGGUGCCCAACGGGGGCGGCGCGAGCGCACGGGGCGGCAGCAGCAGGGGGGCCGGUGGCCGCCUGGGGCCCCAUGGGGGCAUCCUGCUGUCAGAGCUGGCUGGGAUGUACAUUGCGGACGUGCACGAUCAGGCUGUUACGGGGGAGCAGGACCUGGCGGCGCUGCUGGAGCACACCAACAGGCUCAGUGACCUAGUGUUCAACAGCGUGAGCCACUCCAACGAGAGCGCCAACAUGGUGCUGGCGACAGCGGGGUCGCUCUUCCUGCCCCUCACCUUUGUGGCGGGCGUCUACGGCAUGAACUUUGACUACAUCCCGGAGCUCAAGUGGGCCGCAGGCUACGCCUACUUCUGGAGCGUGUGCGCCUGCCUCCUCACCAUAUCCAUCACCCUGCUGAUCGUUUUCGACAUCAUCGAGCCCCCCAAGUGGCUGACCCGCUUGCCCCGCGACGCCCGGCGCUGGCUGUGGCGGGUCGCCACCUGCCGCGCGCUGCGGCGGUGGGCGAGGCGGCGGGAAAAGAGGCGGAGGGCGGGCGGCGGCAGCAGCGGCCGCGUGUGA